ACGCAGUUCGUUCUGAUCGCCCCAUCCAUCAGCAUGGCCCACGCGAGCGCGUUCGGUAGAGUCGAGAUGAGUUUCAUGCGACGUACGAUUGCAGUGCUAUUUAUUUUUGCCGCACUUUGUUUCGAUCAUUCAGUUGGAAGCUGUACUACACCAGAAGAGCGCUGUGUACCGCUUAAGUAUUGCUCACUUUACGGUACCCAACCAAAGGCAACAGGAUCUGGCUUACGGCGCUCGUCCAGAAAUCAACCAGGAAACAAAACACUUUGCACACCGGAAAUGGCGAUCAACAAAGACGAACACGUCUGCUGUUCAACGAAGCAUAUCAAGUGUAGUUUGAACGGUAAGCUGGGCGUUUGUACGCCACGACCAUUCUGUCCAAGCUUGAGCUCGACAACGGAGAAAGAGUUAAUGAAAAAGGCCGAAAUCAACCAUUGCUACCAGUACAAUACGGAAAAUUACUUCUGCUGCACGGAUCAGAACUGUGUGUAUGUCCCCGACAGUUGUAAUGGCCAGAAGGCAACUGUUACCCGCUCUCCAUCAAUCUUUCCAAAGUGUGUAAAACCUGCCAGCGGGAAAAAGGGAUACCUCAUACCGAAAGAGUUGUGUGACGGUAGUCGUCGGAAAACUAAAGAAAAGCAAUGCUGUGUCCCACCGGCAACUGAUCGCACUAUUGUGCACCCCAAGGCCGACAAGCUGAUGCGGAUGCGUUGCGGUGUAAGUGGAUUGGCAAAAAAAGUGGCCAACGGCGAGUAUGCGGUGCAUGGUGAAUUCCCUUGGAUGGUGGCGUUGGUGUACGGCAACCAAGGCGUACAAUGUGGUGGCACGUUGAUUCAUCCGUCCUACAUUCUCACAGCAGGACACUGCGUCACCCCAGCGUUGACACGGGCCCGUCUCGGUACAACGAACAUGAUCGAUCGCACAUCAACUAAUUCUACCGUUCAGGAAAUUACGAUCGGUAAUAGAUAUCGUCACCCGCAUAAAGACAUUGCUGUGUUAGAGCUGGUGCGUCGAGCUACCAUUGUGGAAGGGGUUGUGACACCGAUAUGUUUGCCGAUCACUGCAAAGGAGCUCAUGUACAUCCCCAAGACCAUGGAAAUCACUGGUUGGGGACUGACGGAAGAAAACGUGCUCUCUACGGUGCUGCUAAAGGCAGAAAUUACCGUUGAACUCAACAAGAAAUAUUGUGUUAAAGAUGACCAGGUAUGUACGGCAAAGGGCAUCGAUAGCAUGCACUGUAGAGGUGAUUCUGGUGGGCCGUAUCAGGCUGCGUUUAAUGGAACGUACGUUCAGUACGCAGUCAUUUCCGUUGGUAGACAGACAUGUUCCCAAGAGAAUGUUACCGGGAGGGGUAUAAUGGUAGCAUAUUACAUUAACUGGAUUCUAGAUCAAAUGGAGAUAUGAGAUGAAACACUUUAAAUAAAAAUUAGUAAUAAUUUGAAAAACA